GAGAGAGAGAGAGAGAGUGGGACUGUGAUCGUGACCGCCAACGGCGCCACGACGUUGGCCUACUACAGCAUGGAGCGCGGCGGGGUCGGGGGUAGCCUCGAGCUCGCCGGCGGCGACCUCUGCCUCCAGGACCUCGUCACCGGGGGGGCGAAUGGAGCCCUCGCCUCCCAGCAGCAGCAGCAACAGCAGCAGCACGUAGCCGGGCUCCAACAGCACGCGGGUGAGCAUCUGCAUAGCGCGAUGCAGCACGCGGGCCAUCACCUCGAGCACAUCCACGGGAACGGACAUCACGAGCACCACGUGGCUGCGGCCGCGAGCGCCGCGGCGAUGCUGCACACCGGCGCCCACCAGAUACAUCACGAGCCCCUUGAGAAGCUUAAACAGUGGGCGCAGAGCGACUUCAGGGAUGAGGCCAACAGUGGCCUCGCCAGGCUCGACUCCUCGGCGCACGGGGUUCACACCCCUGGAGGCAGCAACCCCAGCACCCCGGGCGCCACCCCUUCCACGCCCUCUGGCGGAUUCUCCACGACGCAGUCGCGAAACCGCACCAACACCGUACAGAGAGAUAUCAGGAAAGGUAUGCGCACACCUACGGAGGUAAAGCCAGGACUUGGCGCGGGUGGUGUUGUCUCACCGGGCAUCGUCGGAGCGAGUGACGCGGACGACAAGGACGGGAAAAAGGUGAAGCGACAGAGGCGGCAGAGGACGCACUUCACGACGCAGCAGAUCCAGGAACUCGAGACGCUUUUCGCGAAGAAUCGAUACCCCGACAUGUCAUCCAGGGAGGAGCUCGCCAUGUGGACGUGCCUCACCGAGCCACGAGUCAGGGUAUGGUUUAAAAAUCGUCGGGCCAAGUGGCGGAAACGCGAGCGCAACGUCAUUAACGCAGCCGCAGCCGCGGCUGAGAACUUCAAAUCUGGCUUCAGCACGGCCGGCUUCAACAGCUUUAUUGGCCAGCCGUUCGCGGACACGGAGUCCCUAUACAACUACAGUUCCUAUAACAACUGGGCCAAGGUGCCGUCGCCCCUCAACGGGAAGAACUUCACCUGGUCCGUGAACCCAUUGAGCAGCGUCGUCCAGUCGGCCAGCCACCACCACCAUCAUCCCCAGGUCAGCCCGGUCAACUGCUUCAACCCGACGACGUCGCUGUCGGGCAGCCACAUGGGUAGCAUGUCCGUCUCCGUCGGCCAGGCGGCCACCUCGAUGAUACCGGGCAUGGGCUCCGGCCUCGGCGUCGCGGGCUCCCCCGUGGCCGCCACCGGUGCCGCCUGCCCAUACGCGGCCCCGGCCGCACCCCACCAUCCUUACGGCCCACCGAUGUACUCUCAUCACAGGAGUGUCGCGCCCUCGGAGACCUGCCCCGUCAUGUCCAACAGCAUAGCCUCGCUCCGCCUAAAGGCCAAGCAGCACAGCAGCAGCUACUCGAGCUUCAGCAGCAGCCUCGCGGGUGGUGGCGGAAGCGGUGGCGGUGGUAGCAUCAGCCCGGUGAGCUCGAGAACUUCAUCGGGUGGUGGUCUGAGCGCCUGCCAGUACGCCCUGACGUCGAGCGCGACGAAUCCACACUCGCCCGGACCCGAGCACGUUAACGCCACCGCCAGGGCCCAAGUUUGAGGCGAGGCGGGGGCUUCGAGGAGCCCCCAUCAGCAACACACUAUCGCAGCCUGUGGCUCCUCGAGUCUAGCGGCCGGGGGGAGUCUCGAAAUUGGCUCGGUCUCCGCUGGUGGCACCGGUCAUCGGCAGCCCGAGGACGGCCACCACCAGC